AUGACUAACUUCUUAGUUGUCCUGGCGAUCCACAAGCACCUGACCCAACGCUGGCUGUUAGGAGCAAUGUCGCCGGGGCACCACAGCAGCUCGAGCGAAAAAAGAAAGCCUCCCCCCUCCCAAAAAAAAAAAAAAACAUUCCUGCCCGCCACCACGGGCACCCAGCUGGGGGGGCACCUGGUCCGGCAGGGGGGGAGAGAGAGACAGAGACCGUCCUUCUGUCCUCGCACCCACACGUCACACCUUCGCUCGCUCGCCCUCGCUCGCCCGUCGCCCACUGGCAGAAACAAAGGCGUUCCGCCAGCGCGUGUGCAUGGAACUAAAGGUGCAUCUUCACCGGCCGAGAGCGCAAUCAACGCUCCGUCUUGGGUGAGACUUUUAAUUAAAAUUUAA